AAUAAAACAAAACAAAACGUAAAAGAAAACAAUCCUGCUCUCUCUCGUAACUUAGCCGCCCUCACUCUCACAUCGCCGCCGUCUCUCGAGCUCUCUCGCCGUGCUGUCUUGUUCGCUGUUUCACUGAGUCUUUCUUGCAACAACAAGCCAAAGCACCUACGAUAAGCUACGUGACUGCCUUUUUAACCUCAUAGCCCAUCGUUUCAGUCGACAAUUGCUCCGCCGCGUGGAAUCCUACACGUCCCUCCCGCUGCGUCCAAACCGCUGGUUCACAUUGGAUAGUAACACCUUAGCCUUCACCAUCAACGCUGUCUCACCCUAGCCUUCACCCAUCGCCGUCUCACCAUCUUCUGCUGUAUGUUUGAAAGAUUUUAUAAUUUGUUGGAUCAGCUCAGUUAAAUUAUGAAGUUUUAUGGAACAGAUUUAGGUUCUAUUUUGCAAUGCAUAAAGCGCGGUGAAAAACAGAUCAAACUUAAGAAGAAGUGGUUACUUGGCUUACCUGCUACAAAACUUGAGAGGAAGAAGUUGAAAGAAAUUCUAAAUACAGGAGAUUUGGCAGAGUCUUUGCUCAGGAAAGAUGAUGAUAUAUUUUAUGAGUCGGCGAGAACUCGUGUUGAACGCGCCUUUGGAGCACACUCCAUUGAAACAGAGAAUUGUAUUCCUAGUGAUGAUAUGGAUUUGAAUCAAAUACCAAACUUAAAAAGGUUGAUUGUAUCAUGCCUCGACAAUUUGACCACCAAGGGUCUAUACCUUCUUGCUAUGAUAGUUAGUGGUGGCACAACCAAGUAUGAAAGAACUCGUGGUAAGUUGAAAAAGAUUAUCAAGGGUUCUCUUUCUAGUGUUCUGAAUAGCAAAGAACACAAUAACCAAAAACUGGAAAUUUGUAAACAGAUUUUUCAACAUCUCAACAAUCCUCAGCAUUUUCGACAUAGGUGUGAGUUUUUGCAUGAAUCCGGGUCCCAAUCUUACCAUGCUGCUGUAAUAAAGGUGUUGUGUGAACUUGAAAAAUUACCAUCCGAAUCCUUGAUUGCAAUGCGUAGAAAACUUAGAGAUGUUAAAGCACCGGUGCCUCAGUUGCAACCGUUCAAAGACCCAUGGUCACGAAGCAGGCUACUCCAAACAGUGAAUCGAAGCUGUAGAAAGAUGCUUUUACAACUUGAUAGAGGAAAUGAGUUACAAGAGCCAUUAGCCAAAGCCAUGUCCAUAGCAUAUUUAUCACUAAAACUGAAAACUGGUUUUUAUAACAAGUUUUUAGAAGAAUUUUACCAGUUCUCGCCUGAAGUAAAGUCCCUGCAGAGUGAUAUUAUAAAUGCUAUACGUUCUGUUGAGAAAGUUGAAGUAGUGCCAUUGCAAGUGCUUAAAGAUUUACAACUUCUAAUUGAACCAAAGGCUACAAUAUCAAACAAGGGCUUACGGCCAGCUUUCAGAAAUCUUUUGACUGAGUUUCUAUUUGAGUGCAGUGAUAUGGAUAGCACUCCAAAGUCUCUAUCGCAGAUCCUAGAUGUUAUUAAUAAGAGUUCUAAUAGCACACACGAUGUAACGUUCCAGAAGAAGUAUAUUGAAGAAGAAGUUGACUGCAUACUAAGUGUGAGUGCUCAAACAAAUCAAAUUAUUCAAGAUUUGUUGCCAAACAGUGAAUUUGACCAGGACUUCACUGAUGCAUAUAUGGAGCAAUCAGAAGAAAGUGAUGACAGUGACAGUGAUGAAGAUGAGAAUAGUAAUGGUAGUCAACUUCAGGAGAAUAGACAUUUUGAAAAUGGAGCAUUUAGUACAAUGUAUUCAAAUUGCGAGGGAGAAAGUGUUGGGGAUUUUACACCAUUUGAAUUUCAUCCUCCUACCACUAUUACCGAGCCGCUUACAUCAAGUGAAAGGUUGAAUACUGAUUCUGAAAAGCACCAACAUAAGAACUGUGAUGCAAUAAAUUUGGAAUUGAAAAAUUGCAACACUCCAUAUCAUAAUCAAUGCCAAGAAGAAAGCAUAGAGCAGUUUAGUGCAUCUGUGGGAUAUAAAAACUAUAAUUCUUCAGUUGUUUCACCUGACAAGGAACCUGGUGAAAAUAUUGUCAGGAGACAUGAUUUUUACAAAUCAUACACAGAAGUUGACCCAAAAGAUGCAUCUAACUUUUGUGAGGAGACAGAACCCAUUCCCACUAAGUACAACGCAUGCAACAACCAAUACCUUGCUACCCAAGAUGCUUGUGAUAAAACAGCUAUGCUUGCAUAUAAUCUCAUAGGUGAUAUGUUGAAAGAGUUUGCCGCAACUGAAGGCCUAAACUUAAACAUAAGCGACCGUUCAUACCUCAGUCACGAAGCAAAAGAAACAGAAAAACAGUCAUUAUUUGGGAAACAUAGAAGUGGUCCAGCUAUUGUUCGAGUAGUUGAAGAGCUUAUUCCUUCCUUCCCAGAUAGUAGCAUGGAAAGACUGAAGGUACUGAUGGGCUUAUGAUAAUGGAAUUUGGGCUUUUGCGUAGGCGUAUUCAUUGGCACAGGUUAAUCUGCUAACUCAGUCACUCAAACUAACUCGACCCGCAUAUUAAUCCACCCAUUCAAGUAUAGGUCCAACCCGUUUAAACUCAAAGAUAUUCGGUUCAGAUAAUGGAUUUGAUAUUUUGAACAUGCAAACUCGACAUGUUGACGUGAAAUAUUUUAUUUAUUUUUUUAUUAUUGAUGUAUAGUUAUAGUUUAGUUUGUUUAAUUUGAUUUGAUGAUUUGUUGUUAAUUUAGUUGUUUUAUAUGUUUAGUUGUGUUUGUGCAUUGUAUUUUAAGUAUUGAACGAUGUACUGUAAUAAACUUUUACGUUUUGGUUUCGUUAGGCCAAAUCUUUAUUGUUAUGAAAGAAGAUUCGCAAGAAACACAAUAA